AUGUCAGUAAUAUCUAAACAAAUCAGCCAACUUUACAAGUUUGGCAUCUUCACCUCAACAUCCAUCAGCCAACAGAAAAAGAAAGACAAAAUGUCUAACAAUCACCUGGACCUUCAACCAGAUCAGGAAAAAGCCAUUCGCGGCGAUGCAGUCCCGAGGCUCCUCGAUCACAGUGACAGCCGAGCAGCACUUAUUCGUGGCAUUCGUCUGCACUAUGACUUUGCCAUGAGUGAGCCCGUCACCCGCCUCAGCUCCUCCAUUUCUCUGAUCGCUCGAGCCCGCAACGCUCGCCGCAUCAUGAGUAACGAUAUUCCAGAGCGGAUGGCGCCGGAAGAGCAUCCAUAUUGUAUAUGGUAUCCCGAUAUCGCAACUGAGGAUACUUACCGUUCUCUGGCUUCCAAAUUCCCCGAUAUGCGUUACCAAGUCGGUCGUGCUUGUGCUGCAGCUGGCUAUUACGCUCUUUUUCACGAACUUGACCUUUUACCUGAAGUUUCUAUUGCUGAAGAGGCACGAGAGAGCGAAGCAGAGGGUGCGAAGCUCAUCUAUGAAGAGAUCAUGGGUUUUAAACAUCGCUACGCAAUCAUGGAUGACUGCACACGUUCCAUUGAACUUGAGGACUAUAAAUGUCCAGCGUAUCUGAACGGUGAUACCGAAGUGCGCUGGCGCUUGGCAGCUCGACAAGGCAUCAAGAACAGCCGCAAACAAGACCUCCUUCCAUGCAUUGAAGAGGACAUGCAUAUUGGUCUUGAGGACCAGGAAUUGGAGGAGCGUUACAGUAUUUUGUCUGACGAAGAGGCAAAGCUACUGUACACUCCUCUGCGUCAGGAUCUACCGACGGUGAAAAAGACAUUGUUAAUACAGAUGGCCGCUCAUGACGGCAACAUUGAGCGUUAUGCUCGGCUCACCAACUCUGGAAGGACCCUGACACUUCUAGAUAGUGAGUGUGUAGUCCGGGGUAUUUUGCAUCACACCAUGUACGCUCGUUGGUGGGCGGACCAGAUUAAGAACAACACCAUCUACGCCAAGUCUGCCCCAUACGUAUGGGAUCUCCAGCGAGCGAUAAUGGCACGUCGCAUCAUGAUCAACGACCUAUCUGCCUUUGAAAACGGCUGGCCCACUGGAGUCCCUAUGCCCUACAUCAUCUGGUGGCCGUUACGUCCAGAUCGCAAUCUUCUUAUGCUCCUGCUUGAGCACGUACCAGAGAUGAAGAGGCAGAUCGCAGCAGCAGCGAUUGUCUGCGAUUAUGAGAGUCUUUACAAAUGGCUUGAUCCAGAACCGAGCUGGCAUCUGUGGGUGGUUGCUUCCGAGUUCUCUGCCAACCCGUUCUACCGUGAGGAUCAGGAGAAGCGUGGAAGGGAAAAGGACAUUGAUGUGGAGGAUGGAAGGUGUGAGGAAAGUUACUACCGGGAGUUGAUGCAGACGAAAGAAAUCACAGUGGUUGAUGAGCAUGAAGGGAAGAUUCGGGACAGUGUUGAGAAGCGUAGGGUGCCGAACAGUGAAUGGGACGAGAUGCUUAGUACUGGCCUUGUACAGAUCAGGGUCUGGCAAGGCGUUGGGAAGGUAUCACCAGAAUAG